AAUCCGCGGAUGCGAGCAGCGCUUCCGAGCCGCGAUUGGCUGCGCUCCCGAACGCUGAUUGGCCAAACCGGCUGAAACCCCGCCCACAGGCGCAGUUCAAACGUUUGGCGCGAGCAGCCGCUCCGUCUUUACCCGGCCCGCGCUGCGGGAGCGGCUGCGGGCGGCGGGACCGUGACAUCCCGGAGCGGCGGGACCGUGACAUCCCGGAGCUGCGGGAUCGUGACAACCCGCAGCGGCGGCGUCCGGAGCCCGGUGAGGGGAUGGCGGACCUCAGAGGCUGCUCCAACCCAGGGUGCCAUCAGCGCCGGUGUAAAGCUGUUCCCGAGGCCGAGCUCCCAAAGGCUUUGCCAGCACUCCUGAUGUCUCCGGUGCAAAGUGCUGUUUGUUCCAGGCAGAGUGAUGGGGCCUGUGAGCUGGAGGAGAGUGGAUCCAGCUCCAUUAGUGGAGCUGCAAAUGAGCCCCCGCAUCUCCAGGAGGGACCAGCAGCCGGGCUUCCACACUUGCCUGGGAUGCAAGAAGCCUCUUGGCAUCAGCAGGGGGAUGCCACUUGUGAGCGUGCAGUGAGUGCAGCUGUGGAGAAUGGAUUCUGCACCAGGGAUAGGAGUGUGAGGGAGCCCGUGAGUCCCAAGGGCAAACCAGCAACCAGCAAUGAAUACAAAAGGAACCUCAACCGAUUCCUGGGUGAAUGGUUCAGGUCCCAACCCGUGGGCGCGGCGCUGCUGAUUCUGCUGCUCCUGGUGCUGGUGCUGGCUUUGGGGGUGGCCUUGGCUGUGCUGGCAGCAGCCCCACAGGUUCCAGUUCCACCUGCAACUCCACAGUGUGUUCUGGGCUGUCCCCAUGGCUGGGUCGGGCACAACGGGGUCUGCUACUACUUGUCAAAGGAUUAUGGCACCUGGGAGCAGGGUCAGGAACGGUGCUCCCAGCUCAAUGCCUCCCUGGCCAUUGCCAAGGAUGAGGAGGCCAUGGAUUUGCUCUUCCACCUCUGCAAGAGUGGUGAUUUAUGGCUCGGGCUGCGCAGACAGGGCGAGCACCUGCAGUGGGAGGACGGCAGCAGCUACAGCUCCCGGGUUCCCGUCCUCGGCAAUUCCCAGUGUGUGUACCUGGCUGACGGGAAAAGAUUCAGGAGUGACUUCUGCUCCACUGAGCGGCCGUAUGUCUGCAGCAAGGCCCAAGGUCCCCUGUAACAGGGGCUGCAGAAAGGACCUUCUCCAGGCUGGGCAGUGCCAGCUUCACCUCUGAGCCCAGCACUGGGCUGCCCUUCCUCAGCUGCACCCUGUGCCUUGCACUUCCUCUCAGGGUCACCUCAGUGCCUCUUCAUCCCCAGUGCCAGCGCUGGGCUGGGGCUGCAAAGGAAAAGUCACUCCAAUCCAUCCUGCCCCCGAUGCGGCCUGGAGUCAGGGCGUUGCCCUCAUGACACAACAAGCUCCAAUGGGAAAUCCAAAUCUGCCUGGCCUCUUGGAAAUCAUCACAAUCUGGCCUGAAUGUGACACUUUUGGGCUGUCUUUGGAAGAGGAGGAAGAACCGCUGACAUGUGCUGAGCAGGAAUCCGACUUUUGGCAUCAGGUGCCUGACUGUGGAGAACUGUCUGCUGUCUAUCUGUCUGCCUGUCUGUCUGUCUGCUGUGAAGGAUCUGAUUGUCCUCCUGUGGGAGGAGUCCCAGGCUGGAGCAGGACAAGGAUUUGUCUCUCGGAGGGAGAAGCAGUGACAUAAUGUGACUGUAACCCCCAUCCCUCUGUGCCACUGUGUGGGGAGGGGGGAGGGAGGGAACUGGGGACAAAGUGGAGCCCAGGAAAGAGAGAAGAGUGUGGAGAAGGUGAAUUUUUACGACUUGGUGGUCAUCUCAUUCUCUUGCUCUGAUUUGUUUGAUAAUAAAUUGAAUUAAAAACAA